CGCAGCUGCCGGCGUCUUUAAGCCCGGGCUCCCGCGGCCGGAGCGUGCUUUCGGCGUCCGGAGCCUUCCGGCUUGCCCCGCGCUCAUCCGCCGCCCCGCGCACAGCCCCGCCGGCUCUCCCGGGAGCCGCGCGCGCCUACCCGGUCGGGCAUGCCCCGCUACGAGCUGGCUUUGAUCCUGAAAGCCAUGCAGCGGCCGGAGACGGCCGCGGCCCUGAAGCGCACGCUGGAAGCCCUGCUGGACCGGGGGGCCGUCGUGCGGGCCCUGGAGAACCUGGGCGAGCGCGCCCUCCCCUACAAGAUGCGUGCUCACAGCCAGCGCCACAGCCGGGGAGGGUAUUUCUUGGUGGACUUCCACGCGCCAACCACCAUGGUUGAAAGCAUCAUGGAGCACUUGUCUCGCGACAUCGACGUGAUCAGACCCAGCAUCGUGAAGCACCCUCUGACCCAGGAAGUGAGGGAGUGUGCGGGGAUCGUCCCCGUCCCGCUGGAGGAGAAGCUGUAUUUUAUGAAGAAGAAGAAGAAGUAAAGGAAAUUCCCCAGCUCGUAGCCCUGCAUGUUGUUGUCUCGCUUUCGAGCAUCCUGGAUUAAUCAUUGAUGAGCCUGACCUUUCCCUGAGAGUGUCUUACAGGUGGCGUUUGAGUUGUCAGAGGUAUUUUUAGUGCUCAGUCCCCGUCCCCCUCCCCCACCCGCCCCCUCGGCUAGGGAGCCACUUGCUUAGGACAACGCUUUGCGAUCCAUGGCACCAGGGCCUCCUCCUUGGUGUCAUUUCAUUAGCGUCAGCUCCUUGCCGGUGAGGGUUUGGGGCCCGACAGCAACGCUCGAACACCAUGUGGGAGAGCAAACCGUGUGAGAGCUGCCUCGGUUGGCAGAGCUAUUCAGACCAUCCCACCGUGAAAAAAAAUAACAAUUUUAAGACCACUGUGUUAAGCGAGAAAUAACAUGAUGAGGGGAAUAAAUACGACUCUAAAAGCUUGA